AUUAAAUUGAAAAUGGUGAAGAAUGAAAAGUUUUGUUAAUUUUUAAACCAGAUAAGAUAAAACCAAAGCGAUUCAUCUUAGUAAAAGGAAGAGAAAAGAGAAAGAAAGAGAAAUUAAGGAAUUAGCUAAUAAGCUUAUGAUACUUACCAUAGAGAGAUUUGUAGAAAGAAAGGUAUGAAAGAUAAUGAGAUUGAACCUGCUAAGGAUGUAAUGAAAUUAUCAGAUUAAGAAAUUGAUGAUUUCUAUCAUCAUAAUUAUGUGAAAUAUAAAGUAGAUAAGAUUGAAGAUAUUAAUACAGGACAAUUAUAUUUUGAUACAGUUAUGGAAUUAGGACCUGGCAGAACUACUAAACUCUUAUAAUAAGUAUGUAAUACAAAAGUUGAUGGUGUUUUUGGUAAGAAUUCAUUAUCAGCUUUAAAUUCUAUGAAUUAAAAUGAAUUUUAAACUAGAUUCUGUGAAGAAAGAAAAAAACAUUAUAGAAAUACUAUAAUAACUGAUAAAGAAAGAUUAACAGAUAAUUUUAUAAGUGAUAGAAUAUUAAAUGGCAUUGCUGGAGUUACUCAAAAUUAAAAAGAUUAAUAAUAAACUUAAACUACAACAAAAGAGGAAGCUAAUAAUACAUAAGAUAAUUAAUAACUUGGUGGAAUUGAUUGCAAAGUUGAUAUAAGUUUAUUAAAUCGUAUUUAAGGAAUAAAUUAGUUAUCUGCUCGAUUUUUAAUAGGAAAUUAAACAAAUAUUAUUUUAUCAGAUUUAGCUACUGUUUUACAAGUCUUACUUGAUAAAAAUUUAUAGGAAAAACAUAAAAGAAUUUAAUUUUCAUUAGAUCCAAUAAUUAUUCCAGAUUAAGAAAUUUAUUAAGAAUAAGAAAAAGUAUGUUAUCCAGAUAAAAUUGUUAAAAAAAGUAUAAUAUAAAACACAGAUUUUGCUAGAGUUUUAUUUGAAAGUGAUUUUUUAUUAAAACUAAUGACUUUAGGUGUUGAAGCUGAUGGAAAAACUCCUUUCAAUUAUCCUGAAGAGCUCAAAGAAUUAUAACUUCUGAUAAUUAAAAGAAAAAAUGAAGACUAAGGUGGUUCAUAUAGAUUUUGGUUAACUCCUUAAUAGUGUUUCUAUCAUUAGAAAAAUAAUAAAUACAUAAUUGAAGAUAUGAAAGUCAUUUGUUAAACAAGAUAAAUGGAAAGAAUAAAUGACAAACUUGUAGAUAAAGAAAUAUAAGAUAUAAACAAUUCUAAUUAUUAAUUUGCUUCUAAAUUUACUUAAUUAUAUGAUAAAAUUGCAAAAUAUUAUCCAAUUUUUAAUAGAUUGAAAUAAUUAUUCAAAGCAGUAGCAUUAGGAAGAUGGAUGUAUGAAAAUAGAAUAAACAUUCAUUAUUAAGAAUUAUCUUAAUUUUGUAAAAUGACAAAUAAUGAGCCAUAUAUUAUUCCUAUUGUACAUAGUAUUUAAUUAGGGGAACUUAAAUCAGUGUAUUAAAUUAUGAAAAAUAUUCUUGAUGACUAAGAAAAUAAUUUAGUUUCGGAAGUUUUGGAUGAAGUUGCAGAAAGCAUUCCUUUAUUUAAAAACUUAGAAAUUCCCGCUAGUGUUGAAUAAAGUUUUGGAGGAGUAGAUACUCUUUGUUAAAAUAUGAUUGUAUCAAACAUUAAUCCAAAAAUAGAUAAAUUCUAAGAUUUAAAAGAAAUUGAUAUUCCCUUUUUUACUUAAAAAAAGUGUACUGAAUGUAAUAGAAUGAUAGAAAGUAAUUUAUUAAAUCUAGAAUAAAAUUAAUGUUCCAUUCAUAGCGAUUGCACUUGCUAUCUAUGUCUUGAAUUAAUUACUUAUGAGGAAUCUAAUCCAAGAUAUUGUUAUAUCAAUAAACAAAAUCAUAUCCUUCAUUAAAAUUGUUUUGAUGAAUAUUAAAGAAUUAUUAAUGGAGAGGAGGAUUAAGCAUAUUGA